UUACAGCGCCCUCAUUUGCUCAAAAAUACCAAUAUGGCGGCCUCCAUGACCAAAAUCACGCUUUCCCAAACCUCUGUUCUCCUACCGUUAAAAAGACUUUUCUGGCGGUGCAAGAACUGUUCUCGGCAAUGGGUAAUUGGUCCCAGGAGAUGGAGGCAUAUGAAGCCGGUAACUGGAGUAGAUGAUACGGACUCGGUGGAAGCAAACGUUGGGGAUAAAAUACUUCGCUUGUCCACUGGAAAACUGGCGCGAUUUGCCGAUGGAUGUGCUGUGGCUCAGCUUGGUGACACAUCAGUUCUUGUGACGGCUGUGGGCAGGAAGACCCCCACCUCAACCAAUUUUCUCCCUUUGACCGUGGAUUACAGACAGAAAGCCGCAGCUGCAGGUAGAAUUCCCACCAAUCACCUGAGACGAGAGAUGGGGAACACCGACCUGGAGAUUCUAAGAAGCAGAAUGAUUGAUAGAUCAAUACGACCAUUGUUUCCGAAAGGCUAUUUCUAUGAAACACAGGUAGUUUGUAAUCUGUUAGCUGUUGAUGGCGUGAACGAUCCGGAUGUUGUGUGUAUAAAUGCCGCUUCCACGGCAUUGACACUGUCAGACAUCCCCUGGGGUGGUCCCGUGGGUGCGGUCAGGGUGGGGAUGGUCGAUGACGACAUCGUCAUCAAUCCCACCAGGCUACAGUUGAGCAAGAGCCGUCUCAACCUGGUGGUGACCGGAGCAAGGAAGAGCAGUAUAGUGAUGCUAGAAGCUUCAGCCGACAACAUCCUGCAGAAUGACUUUGUCAAGGCCAUCCGGGCUGGCUUGAAAGAGACUCAGGUCAUCGUUCAGCAGAUCGAAAGGCUGACCAAGAGAUGCGGCAAGGAGAAGAGAGUGCCUGAGAAGCUGUUUACUCCAUCUGAGGAACUUAUAGAGGCUGUGAGGAGAUUAACAAGAGACAAGUACUGUGAAGUCUAUACAGAUGAAACACAUGAUAAGUUUUCAAGAGACAAUGCAGCUACUGCCGUGAAGGAUGAAUUUCUAGAUCAUAUCAAAGAAUUAUUUCCGUCGGAGGAGCCAUUUCUCAUCAAUGAAGCGUUUAGUGCAGUUGCCAAAGAAGUCUUCCGUAGUCUUAUACUGGAGCAAGACAGAAGAUGUGAUGGGCGGGAUUUGAAGCAGCUUAGAGAUAUCCGGUGUGAGGUAGACUUGUACAAGCCUCUCCACGGUUCAGCACUCUUCCAGCGGGGACAAACGCAGUGUAUGUGUACUGUGACGUUUGACUCCAUCGAAUCAGCACUGAGAACCGACCCGAUUCUAGAAAUCACUGGGGGAGUGAAGGACAAGAAUUUUAUGUUACAUUAUGAGUUUCCACCUUAUGCAACCAAUGAGACGGGACGGUUAUCAACAGGAAGAAGAGAACUGGGUCAUGGUGCUUUGGCAGAGAAAUCUCUCAAGCCAGUCAUCCCCAGCGAUUUCCCAUUCACCAUCCGGCUGACCAGUGAAGUACUAGAAUCCAAUGGAUCUUCCUCAAUGGCGUCUGCCUGUGGUGGAAGCCUUGCACUCAUGGAUGCAGGAGUUCCCAUCACUAGCCCGGUGGCUGGUGUCGCGAUUGGUCUGGUUGCGGCCACUUCUCCUGAUGAUCCACAUAGCAUUAUUGAUUACAGGCUGUUGACAGAUCUCCUGGGUAUUGAGGAUUACAUGGGUGAUAUGGAUUUCAAAAUGGCCGGGACUAGGAAAGGUGUUACAGCAUUGCAGACCGAUUUGAAGUUACCGAUUCCAAUGAAGAUCAUCGCUGAAGCUAUUCAGCAAGCGACGUCGGCAAAGAGCGAGAUUCUGACCAUCAUGGCAACGGCGCUGAAGAAACCACGUGAGGACCGCAAAGAAAACAGCCCUGUGACAGAAACCAUUGACGUUCCUGUCGCUAGAAGGUCAAAGUUUGUGGGCCCUGGAGGCUAUAACCUGAAGAAAUUGAGGGCGGAGACAGGUGUGACAAUCUCCCAGCUGGAUGAGAGUAACUUCUCCGUCUUUGCGCCGACGCCCAGCGCCAUGGAUGAAGCCAAGGAGAAGAUAGAGGAACUGCUGCAGGAUGAUAGAGAACCUGAGCUUGCAUUUGGUGCUAUAUAUGUUGCUACAAUCAUCGAAGUCAAAGAGAUUGGUGUUACGGUGAAACUCUAUCCCACAAUGCAACCUGCUCUACUGCACAACUCACAGUUGGACCAGCGAAAGGUGAAUCACCCGAGUGCCCUGGGCUUUGAGGUCGGCCAGGAGAUCUCCGUCAAGUAUUUUGGGCGGGACCCGGUCAGCGGCAAGAUGAGGUUAUCCCGGAAGGCCCUCCUGGCGCCCGCCUCGGCCGUUAUCAGGAACCUAACGGGCAAUAAGAACGGCAGCUCCUCCUGACACGAGUCUGGGCACCAUACGGGUUGACUCCAUGCAGCUGUCCUGUUUUUUGUUGUUCAGAGAGAUCCACACAGUUAUAUUUAAAUAAAAAACAACUAGAGAGCACACUCAUUAUGUGUGGACAUGCCGACACGGAUGCGCGGAUUAUUUCACAAUCGUGCCAAGUUCUAAUUAAUACUCUCUGCAUUUUCCCUUCUAUAAAAUGGCCACCAUGUAUUCUCGUCGGCACGUCCGCGUGUGCGCAUACAUGUAGUAUAGCGAGUGCACUCUCUCAUUUAAUAUAAUGUAUGGAGAGAUCCCAUCAGAAAGUUUGGAACCGAUAACCAAAGUUCUUCCAAGAGGGUUGUUAAAGCUACUGUCGUGGAAUGAUUGGUCAUUGUAAUAGAAUGUAUCAUUCAUCUAAGUGUGUACAAUUGGGGAAUUGGGUAUGCACAGGAUAUGUAUAGGUCUCUCUCAAAUGAUGUCAUUUCCUACAGACCAGCCACGUGCAUCGGCAUUUUGAGCAUCAACUUGCAUAAAGCGCAGCGGCUGCAUCGUAUUUCGAGCACAUUACGAGCAACAAGCUCAUGUGUUUGGAACAUUUUCAACACUGCGCAAUGCAUGCUUGAUAGUGUAAAAUACGCAGAUGCAGUCUUCCUACAGAGAUGGCCGUCUUCCAGAGAGACCUAUAGAUACCACUCACAAGGGCCAAGCGAGGAAAGUUUGUUAACAGUGUCACUCUGCGUCAAUCUGCAAAAUGAAUGUAGAAUUGACCAAUUUCAUUGUCAAUGUUCACAUGCGAGGAAUAAAUUAUGGCCUGGUAUCAUAGUGCUCCUACAUGUAAGCACACAAUUUUCAGCUUUAAAAGAGUUUCUGUAUUUUUCAUGGAUACUGUAAGCAGUCAGAGAUUAAACUCACAUAAUUUUUCCCUUCUCAUUGACUUUUCUUCGAAAUUAUGAUUUAAAUAAAAUGACAUAUUGUGGACAAAUCAUUAAAGAAAAUUGGAAAGUUCGUUGGAAAAGUAAAGUUUCAUCUCUGAGCAGUAAGCACAGCAAAGAGCAUACCGACUUCUGAGGUGGAAUUAUCUCAGGUUGAACUAGUAAUGAACAGUAGAAAUGUCCAUGCAGGUCUGGUGAAACAAAACCAUGUUGCACCCGGUAAUACCCGAGCUACAGGUAUCAGGAACUUCUCUUAAUGUAAAUGUAAUGCAUGUGGGAAACUUCCGACUUUUUCAUAAAUGGGCAGGAUCCUGGCACCUACAUGUAUCUGACCUAAGAUUUGUCCCACAGUAGGCAGAAUCUUUUGGUCUGGGAACCAGACUGUCUCCAUGUAUAUGCUCGAGCAUAAGCCCGUCUGCGCAGUGAAAUACACUAAUGAUUAGAGAUAAGUGCCAAAUUGAAACUGCAAAUCCGAGGAAUUCAGCGUUUACAGACAGCAGAUGAAAUCCCGAAGAGUAGUGAAUUUGCAUAAUCGAGCUGAGAUGUUACAAGGGCUCUAAUAGCAGCGUGGCAAGAUGAUUUAUCAAUGUAAAUUCUUAUCCGUGAUAGGUUGCGUAAUUUGAAAUUAACAGAUUGACAAAUGGCAGUGACUUGGUUGGACAUCUGCAUGGUCUGGUCAAAUUCCACUCCAAGAUAUCUGAUCUCAGUGGAAGUCUGGAUGAUUCCAGCGCCUACUUGGAGGGAAACAUCAGAUAAAGAAUUGAGAAUUCUAGUAUUGGCACAGACAAAGAAUUCUGUUUUUUAUAAUUCAUUCAGUAGAAGCAU